AUGCCUUCAAAGCUUGCCUCAUACGUGAUAGGAAUCGAUGUUGGAGGGACUAACACUGACAGCGUUAUUCUUCAGAACGAAAGUGUUCUGGCCUGGCACAAGACUGCCACAACAUCAGACAUCCAACAAGGUGUCGAGACAGCAAUUGCAGCCGUCGUGAAAAAAGCGGCCACACCGCAAUGCCAUGUAGACUGCGUGAAGAUUGGCACAACGCAAUUUGUCAAUGCCGUGUUGGAACAGGAUGCGAGCAAGCUAGACAAGGUUGCAGUCGUUCGUCUCUGUGGCCCCUAUUCCAGGGGUUCACCCCCCUUUCUGGACUUUCCUCCAAGGUUACGGGCUUUGAUGGAGGGCCACUUUGGUUACGUUGAUGGUGGAUAUCAAGUUGACGGCACACCGAUUUCACCCUUGGACCCAGAUCAGCUGAGAGAGCAAGCAUCCAUCAUCAAAACAAAAGGAAUCACAAGUGUCGUAGUGGUUGGGAUCUACUCACCGUCAAAUCCAUCCCAGGAGGAUGAGGCACGAAGCAUACUUGCAGCCGAGCUUGGACCUGGCUACGAUAUAUCCUGCUCCUCCGCGAUUGGUCGACUAGGGUUUCUAGAACGUGAGAAUGCCGGAAUACUGAAUGCCAGUUUGAGGCGGUUUGCUCGUCAUGUCAUCGCUGGGUUCUCAUAUGCUGUUGGGAAGCUUGGCAAAUGCAAGCUGUACAUCACGCUGAAUGAUGGCACAUUGAGUAAGGCCUCGACGGCUGCUGAAUAUCCCGUGAGAUGUUUCUCAUCGGGCCCUACGAAUAGCGCAAGAGGUGCCGCCUCAUUGGCUAGAGUAGAAUCUGCUUAUGACUCUGAUGAUAGCGAAGUCCUUGUGGUUGACGUUGGGGGCACGACAACAGACAUAUGUGCAUUACUGAAAACCGGGUACCCUAGGCAAUCCUCUGCUUUUGUCAAGAUCGCAGGUGUAAGGACCAAUUUCACCAUCCCAGAUGUACACAGCAUUGCUUUAGGUGGGGGAUCAAUAUGCCGAGUGGAUCGCGAUCGGACCGCUGUCGGUCCCGACUCGGCCACGGACUUGGUGUUUUCAAACAAAUUUACUGACAACCUUGUCCCGCCAUCGACCAAGUCGGCCGGGCUUCGCGAGAUUUCACGGGCUCUCGAGGAAGCAAUAGAUCUUGUCAAAACGAAACAAGGAGACGCAAAGGUCAUUCUUGUUGGAGGCGGAAGCAUUAUCAUUGGUGAUCGUAUUGCUGGGGUCGGAGAGAUCAUCAGGCCGAAGUAUUUGGAAGUAGCCAAUGCCGUCGGCGCAGCCAUCGGGAAAAUUAGCGGCACGGUCGACAAGACUGUCGUUCCAAGAGGAACAACCAUUGACCAAGAACUCGAGGAUGCCAAAGCCCUUGCCAUUGAGCGAUGUAUCGCCGCCGGAGGUAACAAGAGAACUAUUGAACUCGUGGAAGUAGAGACGGUGCCGGUGUCGUAUGUCACUAAUGGGGCCACACGGCUCUUCGUUAGAGUUGUUGGAGACCUAGUCGAGGGGUAUGAAGAACAUCAAGACUCAUCACAGCCUCACCUAAACGGCGAUGCAUACCGGAAACCAACGGAUUUCUCAUCGCUACGAAAUGGAAUCCUUAAUGACCAUUCCUUGAUGUCUAAGGGCUCGUCCUAUGAUAUUGUUGAACACGUCGAUUUGAGAUCCUACCGACCUAGGAUUGAAGGCGAUCUCUGGUAUUUGUCAGAGUUGGAUCUUCAAUUUCUGCAGGACGGUACCGGGGUUCUGGGCGUUGGGAGUUGCGGAGAGCCCUAUCCAGUUUAUUUGGCGUGUCUGCUGGCACUCCGAAAUGGUGGAGAGAUUAUAAUUAGGAGGCAAGAUACGUUACCGGACAAUGCUGUUGUUCUUGUUGGUGGCUUCAUGGGAUCCCCAAGUGUGUACUUGGAGCGAAUACCUGGUUUGAAUGAGGUCACGGAUGCGAUGCAAGCUGCUAUGAAAGCAAGCGGAAUCUCGACUUUUGAUGCAGUAAUACCUAAUGAAAUAGGAGGGAUGAAUGCUUUCGAAGCAUUGCUGGCAGCUCACCGCUUUAACAAAGCUACACUGGACAGCGAUCUUGUUGCACGAGCAUAUCCUAAAGUCUGGCAGACAGUCAGAUGUCUGCACGGCAUCCCAAUAACACCAGCUGCCGUAGCAGAUGGGAAUGGUCAGCAGGAGAUAUUUCAAACAUCUCAAGACAAUUUUGAAGCCGAAGACCUCAUGCGAGGCGCCUGCACAGAGUUCGGUUCCCUCUCAGGGAUGUGCAUUAACCCCAUCCACGGCAUCGAAGCCAAGACCUUGCCCCGCAACAGCUUCUCUCACGCAUGGACAAUAGGACGUUCCAUUGCCCUCUCCCGCUCUCAAAAACUCGACCCCAUCUCCGCCCUCCUAAAAUCCGAGCGAGGCAUCCUCCUCUUCACCGGUAAAAUAAUCUCCGUAACGCGAAACAUCGGCUCAGGCUUCACUCGCGGGAGCGUACUUCUCUCUCCCCUCACCGACACUUCUUCUCCCCCUUCUAAAACUCGACCCCAUACCCCAACGUCUUCUCUCCUCGUCGACUUCGAAAACGAAAACCUCUCCGCCACCCUCCGCACCCCAGGUCAAGCAGACAAGACAUUAGCAGUCUGUCCAGACCUUAUCACCUUCCUCGAUAAAGCGAACGGUGCCCCGCUCGGGAUUUCGGAUUACAAAUACGGGCUAAGAGUGAGCGUGAUUGCUUUAAGGGCGCCACCGAUUUGGACGAGCGAGAGGGGGUUGGAGAUGGGUGGGCCGAAGGCGUUUGGAUUGGAUGUCGCUUAUAAAGGAGUGGGUAGUGGGGAGUACGAGGCGCCGAAGAGUGUGUGGGAGAUGUUUGGGGAGGGGAAGUGA